AUGACACUGCUAGUGGUGUACAAUCCUGUCUCUGGUAACUCCUCAGGACGUGAGAUCGUCGACGGACAAGUGCUACCGUUACUGAAAACGCGCGGUGUCGAGCCCGAUAAAGUGAUCGGUACGGAGCACGUCGGCCAUGCUGGGACUAUCGUAGCAGACUUCGCCUCUGCGAGCCCGGCUAACUCUGAUCUAAACAUUGUACUUGUCUCCGGAGAUGGAACUCUGCAUGAGAUUGUCAACGCGCUGCACGACCGCUCAUGGCCAUCGCCGCUGAAUCUCAAGCUCGCUUUGAUCCCUGGUGGAACGGCCAACGCGCUACACUCAUCCUUCUUCCCGCCUGUACCAGGAUCGGAGACGACACUAUCCUCUGUAUACGCCCUCCUCGACUCUGAUCAACGUUUAACGCCGUUGGCGCUCGCGUAUACCACUAUCUCCGCAUCUCCGCUAUCUCCCGCCGGCGAACAGACAUCCGUUCUCUCUGCAGUCGUCGCCUCGACCUCGUUACACGCCUCGAUUCUACUCGAUGCAGAGGCGUUACGUGCAACGGUGCCCUCGAUAGAGCGCUUCAAGCUUGCAGCUGCCCAGAAUGCGACGCGGUGGUACAACGCGCGUCUGCGGCUUCUGCCUGCUCCAGCGACCUCUGAUCCACCAUCCGGCGCUCCUGCCCCCGUCUUGCAAUACGACCCUCCGCUCGAUCAGUUCGUCGCCGCUCCGUCACCCGCAGCUACUAGCGGAGACGAAGGUCCGACAGCCGCGCUCGAGCUAUCCGGCCCAUUCGCCUACAUGCUCAGCACCGUCAACGUCGAUCGACUCGAGCCUGCAUUCCGCAUCACGCCGCUUCAGCGCGCGCAUCCGCCCGUUCCUCCCGCAACGGCUGAUAUCGUUGUCGUUCGGCCAUCUCGCGAUCCCAGUGUAAAAGACAGUAGCGAUGCUGAGCGGGAGAAGUUCAAGGAUAAGGUUUGGGCGACGAUGGGCGGCGCGUACCAGGAUGGCGCGCAUGUUCGGAGCACGUACGCUGAGGAUGGGAGUAUUGUCAGUACUGGGACGGGUCAGCCUGUCGUUGAGUACUUCCGUGCUGGAGGUUGGGAAUGGAUACCGGAUGAGGAUGACGACCGCGCGCACUACGUCUGUGCAGAUGGCGCGAUACACACCAUACCGAAAGGCGGCAAGGCCACGACUCGCGUAUUGGGCAAGGCCGAGCUCGGAUUCACCAUUUCUUUGUACACGUAG